AUGUGUGGUGUCACCGCUGUCCUGUUGGGCGAUACGAAAGCCACCACGGCCGCCGUGGACUUGCAUGAAUCUCUCUAUUUUCUCCAACACCGAGGUCAAGAUGCCGCAGGUAUCACAGUAUGCCAGGGCGGUAGGGUCUACCAAUGCAAGGGAAAUGGUAUGGCCGCCAAGGUCUUUGCCGAAGGACGACGCCUCGACCAGCUGCCGGGCUGGUGCGGCGUUGGUCACUUGAGAUACCCUACGGCGGGGACAUCAUCUGCGUCUGAGGCGCAGCCCUUUUACGUCAACUCGCCAUUUGGACUCACGAUGAGCGUCAACGGCAACCUUGUGAACACCCAGUACCUCCGCGAGUUCUUGGACGUGGAAGCCCGGCGGCACAUCAACUCCGACUCUGACUCGGAGCUCCUUCUCAACAUUUUUGCGCAUGGCCUCGGUGAGCUCGGGAAGGCCCGUGCCAACACAGACGACGUCUUCACUGCACUGCGUGAGGUCUAUUCGAAGUGCCAGGGUGCGUUCGCAUGCACUGCGAUGCUCGCAGGCUUCGGUAUCUUGGGCUUCAGGGACGCAAACGGCAUUCGUCCACUCUGUCUUGGAUCUCGGCCGUCUGCUACGUUGCCUGGAGCCACAGACUACUUUCUGGCGUCGGAAUCUGUCGCCUUGAAGCAGCUCGGCUUCGGGAAUAUCGUGGAUAUCCUACCCGGCCAGGCUGUUUUCAUUCAGAAGGGCGGCAAGGUCGAAUUCCGGCAAAUCGUGGAGAGGAAGUCAUACACACCAGACUGUUUUGAACUCGUUUACUUUGCCCGCCCAGACUCGUCCAUUGAUGGCCUCUCCGUCUACCGUAGCCGGCAGAACAUGGGUGUGAAGUUGGCGAAGAAGAUGAGAGAGAUCCUGGGAGAGAAGGGCGUUGCAGACAUUGACGUUGUCAUCCCUGUUCCCGAGACUAGCAAUAUCGCGGCAGCCACUCUGGCUGAUCGUCUGGGAAAGCCGUACGUGACUGCUCUGAUCAAGAACCGAUACGUCCACCGUACCUUCAUUUUGCCCAGCCAAGCUCUGCGGCAGAAGAGCGUCCGCCGCAAGCUCUCCCCCAUAGAGUCUGAGUUCCGGGGCAGAACCGUGUGCCUGGUCGACGACUCGAUAGUGAGAGGAACUACUUCACGCGAAAUCGUUCAAAUGGCCAGAGAAGCUGGCGCGGUUCGCGUCAUCUUCGUUUCGUGCUCCCCAGAAUGCAUAUACCCGCAUAUUUAUGGCAUAGAUCUUGCCGACCCUAAUGACCUGGUUGCGCACGGAAAGACACGGCAGGAAAUCGCCCAACACAUCCACGCCGACGAGGUGAUCUUCCAGGACCUUGACGACUUGAAGGCCUCAUGCAUUGAGGCAGCCGAGGGCCCGACCGAGAUCGAGGAUUUCGAGGUGGGCGUUUUCUGUGGGAAGUAUGUCACAGAUGUGCCCGAGGGGUACUUCGAGCACCUGAGCAGGCUUCGAGGUAAAGAGCGGAAGACUGCGGCUCGUGCGAUCGAGGCAGGGGAGCCCGGCCAAGGACACGCAACCGUGGUCACCAACUCGGGGCCUGUUAAUGUUGCCUCCCGUGGAGAUGACGAUGACGAUGCUGGAGAGGACGGCAACGAGAACGGCAGCAGUCGCCCGGAGCACCGCGAGGAUAUCAGUCUUUACAACAUCGCGAGCGAACUCACAGUGCACGAGAAAUAG